AUGCCUGCAUUCAGGUGGUCCCUGAUCGCCAGCCACCUCCCCGGCCGAACAGACAACGAGAUCAAGAACCACUGGAACUCGCACCUCAGCCGGCAGAUCCACACGUACCGCCGGAAAUACACCGCCGGGCCGGACAACACCAUCACCAUCGACACGAGCAAGCUGCACAGCGCCGACAAGCGGCGCGGCGGCAGGACCCCGGGCCGGUCGCCGAGGAGCGCCACCACCAGCAGCAGAAAGAGCAAGAGUAAGCAGCCGGACCCUGAGCCUGAACCGGAGUCCGGCGACGCGAAAGGCGCGUCCAGCCCGGCCACCGUCACCAUCGACAUGAGCAAGCUGCGCAGCGACGACAAGCGGCGCGGCGACAGGACCCCGGGCCGGUCGCCGAAGAGCGCCACCAGCAGCAGCACGACCAAGAGCAAUCAGCCGGACCCUGAGCCCGAACCGGAGUCCGGCGACGCGAAAGGCGCGUCCAGCCCGGCCACCGCCGCGACGUUGGCGGCGCACAGCGACGGGGCGCGAUCCGGAUCCGGAUCCGAGGGGCCCUGCAGCGACGACGCGACCAGGCCGUGGGUGCUGAACCCGAUAGAGCUUCCGGACCUCUGGGAGGCCGAGAGCGAUAUAGACGCCCUGAUGUCUAUCGGGGCUGGCCACGAUUCCACGGUUACCACCGAAGGAUUGGAAUUUGACGCGGUGAUCGGUGAGGCCCAGGUGGACGACCUAUUCGACAUGGACUGGGAUGGCUUCGCAGCCCAUCUGUGGGGCGGGCCGGAGCAGAACGACCAGAGAGCGCAGCUGCAGCUGGCCGCUGAGCCGCAGGCUGCUGUUGCGUUGGGCUGCGCCGUGGUGGACCCGGAUCCGAACCAGCCCAACAGCAGCAGUGGCAGCACGGCCGAGGGGCCCUUCACCGAGGACGCAACUGGGCCGUGGGUGCUGGACCCCAUUGAGCUCGGGGACCUCUGGGAGGCCGAGAGUGAGAUAGACGCCCUGAUGUCGUCUACAGACGCAGCUCUGGAAGGAUUUGACGCGGUCGGCGGUGAGGCCCAGGUGGACGACCUGUUCGACAUGGACAUGGACUGGGAUGGCUUCGCAGCCCAUCUAUGGGGCGGGCCGGAGCAUAACGACCACAGCGCGGAGCUGCAGCAGGCCGCCGAGCCGCAGGCUGUUGCUGCGACCUGCACCCCGGACGAACACGAGUUUGAGGCGUUCGAGACUUGGCUCCUGUCCGACUCGUUCUGA